CCCGGAAGCGCUGGGCGCGCGAGGCCCCGCCCCCUCCCCAGGCUGCUCCGCCGGGCCCGCCCGAGUAUGAGUGGAACGUUAACUGCUCGCCCAGGGAGGCGACACCCUGUAAUGAUAAUCCAUGGAGCCCAGGGGAAUUGUCAAAGCCUUUCCAAAGAGGAAGAAGAUGAGGGAUGACUCAGAGAGGAAGGUCCCUCCAAAGGUGCUGAAAGAGGAGGAAACCGGGAGCAUUGAAGAAUGGCUGAAGCCGGUCACAGCCUACGUGCUGCCAGCGGGCAUCGGGCGGGCCCGAGCAGAGAUCUUUCACACGCAGAUUGUCCAGAAGGGGGGCCGCGUCUGCAGCCAGCUCUCCUCGGAGGUGACACACGUCAUAGUGGCAGAAGACAUGGACUGCGACCGGGCCUUUCGCCUCCUCAGACUGGCCAGGCUUCCCCCCGGGAUCCAGCUGGUGAAGGCAGCCUGGCUGAGCUUGUGCAUUAGAGAGGAGAAGCUGCUGGAUACCACUGGGUACCGCAUCUUCAUCCCAGACAGGUACCUGGAGGAGGGAGAUCUGCCAAAGGGGGAACAGCAGCUCCUGGGCAGUGAGACUGUCCAACCCCAGCCAAGGAAGGAAGCCCUGGAGCUGAAGGCUGAAGCACAGACAGCAGCCAUAUUGCCUCAGGGCCCAGCCACCUCAGUACAGCAACAUGUGGAGGAGCGAAGCCUUCAAACCCAGAGGGUCUCUGAUGAUGAAGGAAGCGAAGGGGAAGAGACCAGCGUCACCCAGGGAGACCUGGAAGCACUAAUUUCAGGACGUUGCCCUGACACCUCUUCGGGGCUGUCCAGUGGCAGCUGUACCACAGUGCCCCCUGCUGCUGGCAAGUGGGUUUGUGCUCAGUCCUCUGACAGCAAGAAAGAGAAUCACAACCGGCACAUCACAGAGAAGCUGGAAGUGCUGGGAAAAGCCUACACCGUCCAGGGGGACAAGUGGAGGGCUCUGGGCUACUCCAAAGCCAUCAAUGCACUCAAGAGCUACCACAAACCAGUCACCUCUUACCAGGAAGCCUGUAAGAUUCCUGGGAUCGGGAAGCGGAUGGCGGAGAAGAUCCUGGAGAUCUUGGAGAGCGGCCACCUGCGUAAGCUGGACCACAUCAGCGAGAGCGUGGCAGUGCUGGAGGUCUUCUCCAACAUCUGGGGAGCAGGAGUCAAGACGGCCCAGAUGUGGUACCAACAGGGCUUCCGGACCCUGGACGAUAUCCGCACCCAGGCUCGUCUGACUCGCCAGCAGGCCGUAGGAUUGAAGCACUACGAAGACUUCCUGGAGCGAAUGCCGCGAGAGGAGGCUGCCGAAAUAGAACAGACUGUGCGAGAAGCAGCCCGGUCCCUGAACCCUGGGCUGGUGUGCAUGGCGUGCGGCUCGUACCGACGGGGGAAGGCCACCUGCGGCGAUGUGGACGUCCUGGUUACCCACCCUGACGGGCAGUCUCACCGCGGCGUCUUCGACAAGCUGCUUGACAGCCUGCGGCGGAGCGGUUUCCUCACCGACGACCUGGUGAGCCAAGAAGACAGCGGCAACCAGAAGAAGUACCUGGGCGUGUGCCGGUUGCCCGGGCCAGGCCGGCGCCACCGGCGCCUCGACAUCAUCGUGGUGCCCCACGGCGAGUUCGCCUGCGCCCUCCUGUACUUCACCGGCUCAGCCCACUUCAACCGCUCCAUGCGAGCGCUGGCCAAGACCAAGGGCAUGAGCCUGUCAGAGCACGCGCUCCACACCGCUGUGGUGCGCGCCCCCGGCGGCCACAAGGUGGGGCCCGGCCUCGUCCUGCCCACCCCCACCGAGAGGGACGUCUUUGUGCUGCUAGGGCUGCCCUACCGGGAGCCCACCGAGCGGGACUGGUGAUGGGGCUGGGCCCAACCCUCUCCUUCCUGCCCUCCAGGGUGUCCUGGGGGAAGCUACCAGCUGCUUGAGGAGUCCUGCAGGCACCAGUGCCCUAGUAGGGUGGGGGUUCCCUGUCAGACACUGAAGGGGGGCACUCCUUCAUCUCGUAUCAUCCGGGCUCGCUCUGAGCUGGCCCCGAUGGACAGUGGCUGCUGUUGCUGCUAGUGGCACUUUGUGACUGUCCAGCCAGGCCUAGGAGUUGGGGUAUCACCGGCUCUGGAAUGUAGUUCAGUGGCUGCUGGCCAGGGCCGGCUCCAGGCACCAGCACAGCAAGCUGGUGCUUGGGCGACACAUCCGGAUCUUCAGCGGCGGGUCCCUCAGUCCCUCUCGGAGGGAAGGACCAGCCGCCGAAUUGCUGCCGACGGAUGAAGCAGCGCUGUACAGCACCCGCGAAAUACCGCUGGUCGUGGCUUUUUUUUCCCCCCCCUUCUCUUCGCCGCUUGGGGUGGCAAAAAAGCUGGAGCCGGCCCUGCUGCCAGGAUCCCUGGGGGAGGGGGUGCGUGUGAUGGCACCUCUGAUCCCAGGAGCGCAAUAGUUACACAUCGGCAGACGUAGCUCCGCAUCAGAGCCGCACAAACCCGCUCUCCAUCCCCGUGCAUCCCCAGGAGCUGCUAUUUUGUGGUGCUCGUGGCAGGCACUCCGGUCUGACGCCGUACAGGUAACGCCACUGGAGGGCAGGAGUGUUCCCAGCGGUCAGGUGAAUUCAGUUCUGCGGUCCCCUCGGGGUAACUACCAGCGAGCUCACCAGACCUCACAGCCUGGGCAUGGCGUGCCUUCCUCCCAUAUAGCGGCUCUCUCCUCUCCCACUCCUGUUUUCUCCAGUGCCUCGUUCUGAUGAUGUAGACGGGUGCUGGUUUGUGAACCACACGCUGAUUUCUCUCCAGCAGCGCCCGGAGAGUCGGCGUGGACGGGAAAGCCACUGAGCAACAAUGCUGCUUUGCAGGCGCUGGGGCACUAACCCACAUUCACACCUAGCUUCCCGCUGGGCUCUUUGGUCCGGCUGCUGUCUCCUACCCGUCAGCCGGGGGUCUGCUCCCACCCGCAGUGGGCUGGUGGAGGCUGAGCGGUGCCAGAAUGGGGUAGCAAGAGGAAUGCUGCUGUCAUCGAUUGCAAGGCCAGAAGGAACCACUGUGAUCAUCUAGUCUGACCUGCGUGGCCAGCCAGAAACCUGCCCCCAGAUAUCCCUAGCUCAGAGCUUUGGAGAACACAGCCCAGCUUGAUUUAAAAACUUCGUGGGGGAGAAUCUGCCACGACCCUGGGAAAUUGGGUUCCUGGAAGGGAAGUACAAUAAAAUCCACCCACUCUCCUC